AAAUAAUAAGGCAAGUAUUAAGACAAGUUACAGUUCUGUAACUAUUUUUAUUUAAUAAUUAUGCAUUUGAAAAAAUAAAAUUUAGAAAUAUGUACACCUCCAAAAAGAUAGACAUUAUGUAUUCCCAGAAACUUUUAUAUUUAUUAAAACGUACAUUCCUGUAAUAUUAAAAAAAAAAUUGGUAUACACUCUGGAUGGGACCAAGACUACAUAAACAGCAACUCUUACAAAGAAAUGACUAUGUAAUAUUCGUACUUUCUGUCCAGUUGUGUGCUCCCCAUUGUCUUGAAAAUGAAAAGUAAAGAGAACUACACAUAUCUGUUUUGUUUGUUGACGCAGGUACUUACCACAUCUGCACGCAGUGCGGUAGGGCUUACGCACAAGUACGCAACUUGCGCAGACACCUUACAUUUGAGUGUGGAAAGAGCCCUACAUUUCCUUGUGCGUUUUGUACUUACAAGGCUUUCCGCAAGCAGCACCUACAAGUACAUCUACGCAAGAAACAUGGUGUAGAGUUAUAAAAUGUGUUAUUUUAUAUUGUUUUAAACAAUAAAGUAAUGUAGUCUUCAUGUGUUUUGAUUUAGGAUUGUAAAAAAGAGCAUGAUUUUAAAGAGUGCUAAAUAGCUACAGUCUGCGACAAAACAUUACACCAAAAUAGGAUUAAAUUUGUUGUUCUGUUUGUUGAACUAUUUAUUUCUUGUUUAGGUAUGGUGGGAAAUAGUUAAAUAAUACAUUAUGCAAACCUGCUGAUACAUUUCCUCAAUAAGUGGGCAAAGUGUAAAUCCUGGUUGUUUUAGUCUGUAUUCAGAAUACGUUUACUGUGUCAGGUCAGUGAGCGAAUUAGCGUGGAGCGUAAGGAAGAGAAUGUUAUUGUUAUUUUGAGCUACAAACGACUAAAUCAACUGUCAAAAUAAGAAACAAGGCACAAAGUUGAAGGAAACUAAUUAAACGGUGCUUCACCAAGAAGCUCUAACAUCACAAAAUUUAAGUAGUUUGUAAAAUACAUAAUAUCCAAACAAAAGUUUUAUAAUUUUUACAAUAUUAGGAAGCACAUUAAAUAAUAUAUUAGUUUUAAAUAGUCUUAAAUAAAAGUUACAUUCUUAUCACAAUUAUUAAUUUUUGAAACUAAAAAGAAGGAAAUUAGUCUUUACAAUCCACCAAGUAACGGGUAGAGAUUUGGCGUAGAAUUUUCCUGUGUGAGUUGGCUCAGUGAUAGUGUAUCACAUGAGCCAAGGUUAAGGCUGUGAAAUUAAAAAGAGGAAGAAAAAUGUAUAAAUGCUCUAACUUGACAAAACUACCAGUACUUGGAGACCAGUUUAGAAACAAUGCUUAAGAGUCGACUAUCUUGAUUUAAACCGACGUGAACAAUAUUAAACUUCCAACACUAUUACGCCCUAAUUUUUUAAACAUAGAAUGGAUGAUUGUUUUAUUUUAAAAGUACAUUUAACACCCAUCCAAAUAAAUAUCUGUUUUUUAUAUUUUUAUUGGUUAUUCUGAACAAAAAUCUAUUACUUUUUUGUACUUCCUCAAUUAUAAAAGUAUAAACUUGACAAAGAUCUGCAUGUGUAUUAAUAAUAGCUUAAAAAUGAAACAACUUCCAUGAUUUUACAUGAUCAACAAAGAAGCUUAACAUUGUACUGAAAGUUGUUUCACAUCAGCUGACUCUUCAGUAUUAUUCCAGGUAAUAUAACUGAGCAGUAUUAUUGUAGAGGAUGAGGUGAGGGGUGUCCUAGCCCCAAUAUUUAGUUUGUGACAACUGCCGUAACAAUUGGUUGGAGAUUGUUUCGUUUAUGGUGUCAGAAAACUCUGCAAACACAAAGUUUUGACUGUCGUCUCAAGUACGAGUGAAGGAAGGAGAAGGUGAUGUGCUGUUCAUACUGUAGCCAUCACACCUUCAGACGAUAUAAUCUCAAACUCGUGUACUGAACAUUCACAGUUUGGCCACCUGAGAAACUCGAGUUAUACUAUACGGUACACUAAAUUACUUUCUUCAAAAUUUAUGUCAAAAUAAAAUUUUACUAUAUGUUUUAUUUUAUAUUUUGAAUAAAUUUUUAUUACUUAAUUUAAUCAAAUUAUGUUUACUUAUAUAUCGAUUUGCUCAGUUUUUACGUAUGGAUUACUUUGAUUUAUUGCAACAUUCCAAUAUUUUGGAAAUUAAUUAUAUUGUAAUACGAUCAAGAGUCUGUAAAUGUUGAAUUAUUCAUUCACUUCAACUACGUAGCCAUAUCAUAGCCAAUAAAGAAUGGGACAAAGAUAUUAUUUUAAUGUUUUAAAACUUAUAUUCUAUAUGUUUUAUUAUUGUUUGAAACAUUUAGCAAUGAAAUUCUCAUCAAGCAUUAGUUUUUAAGGGUUUUAAAAAGUCCAAAAUUGUCUUACUGCUUACUGUUACUAUAGUUCAUAUGAAGAAUAUUAUAUUAUAUUGAAACCUGUAUGAAUAUUUAUUUUAUUUUACUUUAGUCUACAAAUUUAAAACAAUUUGAGACUAGAUUAAUAAGUUUUUCAUGUUUAGAAAGUAAGUACAGUUUUGCUCUAUUACACCACUACUCACUACUGUAGGCACUCCUCGCAUUGUUUCCUAGGUUCAUCUGCUCCGCAUUGUAUUAUUUUUUAUUACUGUUGUAUGUAAAAUGUUUAAAACCAUUGAUAACCCUUCCGAAUGUGAGAUUAUUUGUUCAGUGUAAGAAAAGUCAAGACAGUUUAAAUCUAUCAUAAGAUAUGGAGAUUUACAGGGAAAGUGCAACGAGUUAUGGGAUGUUGUGAAAGUGGUGGAGAAAUUUAAUGUAGGACUGAACGCAAAUAAAUGUCCACAGAAAAACAUAAAGUGAUCAUUUACAGUGAAUGACUUGGCUAGGAGAGUGGAUGAGAAAAUUAAAGGAAACAGAUGAUUCACAAUGACAAUGCUGUCAGAUUAAAUUCAAAAAUCUUUAUUCAAAUUGUUAUUCAUUUGUUCAGGAAUAGUGUCAGUAUAAACUAAUUAUUACAUAUAUAUAACUAAAUACUAAAUAUUAGUAUUUUUUGUGCUAGACAAGGCAUUGAAACAGGUCUAAGCAUACAUCUUAAUUUAAUUGUGUACAUAAAAAUUCAUCAGUGCUAUAAAAAAGGUGAUUUGUAAGAUAUCUUUUUAGUAUAUUUAAAAAAAAUAUUUACAUUAUCUUCUUUUUUGAUAAUGUAAAAAAUAUUGUCCAAAAUAGGUGGGUUUGUUUAUAAAAUUCCAUAUUUGGUCUGUCUGCUAUUACCAGGGAGCGAUUUCGAGUGUUAUAAUUAUGAUGAUUUGUGUUCUGUAGCUGAUUCUUAGGUUGCCAUGAAAUGUAUUAUCGUUUGAUAAAUAUAUAAACCGUAAACGAUCAUGAUGCCAAGAUCAACAACAGCAUCCCUCACAGAAUCAUCCCACUUAAGAUUGAGCAUAAUACGAAUUGUUUUUUUGUGCUAUUAAAAUGUUGUCUAGGUUUGUUUUAGUAGUAGCUCCAUAGACAGCAACACCAUACUAUUUUAUGUGAUUGUAUUAGGGAGACAUAUAUUGUUUUCAUGGUCUUAAUAUUGCGGAAAAUUACAUUUUUUUUAAAGCAAAAGUUCCAGAAGAGAUUUUAUUUAAUACUUUUUCUAUUGGCAGGUCCCAUCUUAGGUUUUUAUCUAUUACUAAACCAACAAAUGUUGUGAUUUGUUCGUGCUGAAUUUUCUGAUUAUUAAUUAAGAUUUUAGGUUCUUUUAGUUUUGUUCUUUGGUGCAAAAAGUAAUAGUGGUUGUUUUAUUGACAUUGAGUAGAAGGCAUCUUUCACUCAAAAAUUGAUUUACCUGUACAUUGCUACCAAUAGCUUCAAUGUCAUUUAUAUUUUGUCACGGUACUAAAUAAUUUGAGUCAUCUGCAUACAGAUAGAUAUGUCCCCCCAUCAACCACUUUAGGGAAGCCCCUGAAGUAACAGACAAAUAACAAGGGUCCUAGGAUGGAUCCUUGUGGCACACCAUGCAAUGUCUUCUGUAGACGAUUUAUUUUGUCCUAUAUGUUCUUUUCCAUUUUUACUUGGUACUUGUACAUACUGAAAUCUGUCAGAUAAGUACGAGUUACGAACAGAUGAUUCCCACAUGUUACGAGAACUAUUUUGUAUGAGAUCUCUUGGACCGUUUAGGUUAUCAGCUGUAUUCCUCCUGGCCCCCAAAAAAGGUCACAGACCUUCUUCCAGAUAUGCUCAAAUGCUAAAUUGAACAGUUUGGUUGGCCACAGUUUAUUUAUCCUCUGUAGAAAGGGUCUGAACUACCAUCUUCUGACUACCACUUGUUCCUGCAAAUGAAACACAAGCUUUUUGUAAGUGUCCAUAUAUAAUGACAACACAGCUGUCUCCACUGCAAGGAAAUUUCAUUUCAGACAAAUUUAGAUAAGCUGAUUAUUAAUUUUGACAAGUUUCUGAAAAAUAGUGGAAAUUAUGUUUUAAAGUAAUGUAUAUUCUUUUGUGUAGAUGAAAUUAUCUGUAGUACAAACUUCCAGACAUGCCUUGAAUUUUAUUAGUUCCUAUCUUUUGAAAGUUAAAACCGAAAGAUUUGGAAUAAAUUUAUAAACACGUUAAUAUAUUGUUAUACGCUCUAUGAUGUAAACGCUAUUAAAAUGAGAUUGUUUCAAUGACUUUAAAUUGCCAUUUGCUAACAUGCAAAGAAAAAAAUAUUAACAGUAGUUUUUGAUAUAACUAGUACAGAACUAUAACUAUAACUAUAACAGUACAAGAAGUGGAAUUAUAUAAAUUCUUCAGGUGGACUAAUAAACAAGGGCAUAGUAUUAUGUUCAAAGUACAUUAUUAAUUUAUACUCCUUUCCAUAUUAUUCUGUUACAAACAUGUAGAUAGGUACACAAAUCUUUAAUUGAGAGAACCAAAGGUUCUUAAUUUAAACUAAUUUUAUCUAAAAGGUUGGCUUUCUAAACUUAUUUUUUCAGAAUGUAAGUUACUGAUGAACCCCAUCAGUUUAGUCCUGUCAGUGAGAUAUCGAGUUGAAUAUUAUCAAAUUUUGUUAGUAAUUUAAUUCUCGUAUUAUAUUCUUUGAUCUAAUUGUUUGGGAAUUGUUUGUCUCAUCAGUACAUUACCUACUUUAUACUGUAAACACAGUUUUGGAAUCAUGUGGAUUUUUUAACUUGCUUUGCUUAAUAUAUAAUUGUGAUUGGUUCUUUAUCCACCCAAGGGACAGGUUAGAUUCGAAUUGUUUAUAUUUAUCUUUGUAAAACAAUAGAAAGUAAAAUGUUUAUAAUAGUUUAAUAAUAUUAUUGAAUCCUUCAAUCCAAGAUAUUCUAAAAAUAAAGGUUUUUGCACAUGUAAAUGCACAAUUAAAUGACUUGUUCUAGUGUGCCAGAACAAGUUCGUCUGUGCAGACUGUGGCAAGGUCUACGCUCAUGUCCAGAGUUAUCGCAGGCAUGUCAAGUUGGAAUGUGGGAAAGAGAAGACGUUCUGUUGUACGGUCUGCCCGUACCGAGCCUACCGCAAGCAGCAUCUCAAGCUACAUGUGUUCAAACUGCACAGUCGACAAAGAGACCAGUUCCUUGAUCCUUUUUAGAACAGUUCGUGAUCACUAUUGUUCUGCGGAGGGUAUGCUGCAGACUAUGAUACACUCUGAGCUAGAAGAGAGGAGACAGUUCUCCUGUGAGAAGUGCGGGAAGGGUUACCUUCACUUCAGGAACCUCCACCGGCACCGGCGCCACGAGUGCGGAAAACUUCCCUCGUUCGGAUGUACCGUGUGCUCCUACCGAGCCUUUCAAAAGGUGCAUGUCCAGAAGCACAUGAGACGAAAACACAUGAAGGAGCUGUUGACAAACCCUGACCUCCCUCCGGACCUCACAGUUCCUGGACUUCCUUUUGUACCGGCGUAUUUGUAAUUGUUUAUAAUAGCCGGUUAUUUGUAAUUGUUUAUAAUAGCCGGUUAUUUGAAAUUGUUUAUAAUGGUUGGUUAUUUGGAAUUGUUAAGAUUGUGUUAGUUAUAAAAUUAAAAACUACUAAAAGAACGUAAAAGUGGAAUUUGUGAUGUACAUACAAGUGAAUAUCCGGUGCUAAAUGGAAGGCAAGUGAUAAUUGUGUAAUUUAAUAAUACAAUUUAACUAAAUAAUUUGUUUACAUAUUAAAGUAAUUUUUUAUUUUUCUCACAUAGUAGUGGUUACAGUUAUGUUUCUUAACUUCCCAAACAAUAGUAUUUCCUUAUGUCUCAAUGCACUGUUAUAUUAUUUAAUACAUUAUGUUUAAUAUGAUUUCAAAGCACUAAUGAACUUAAAUGUUAGUAUUCCAAAGAAUAUGAUAGUAAUGGCAGUAUAGUAUUUUAAUUUGAUUUGUAUUGUAUAUUGUGGUACAAAUACAGUAAGUUUUUCAUUCAUUGUCGACAAGCUAUUGAGGUUAUUGUUCUGUGAUUUUAUAUUUAUUUAUUCUUAACUUAUUAAUUUGGUGUUUGUCUAUUUGGCCAAGUCUACUAUUUCUAAUUUAUUUAUAUAUACAUGUUAAAUAAUACUUUUAGUCUUUUUUUACUUAUAAAAUAACUAUCCAUUUUAUUCGGUCAGUAAAAUGACUAAAUAAAAUAUUAAUCAGGAACAUUG